AUGUCUAUGAAGGACGGUGAAGAAGAAACUGAAGGUGCAGCCAUGUCUAUGAAAGCAAAUAAACGUUUACAGACUGUGAAGAAAGGAGAAGUUGAAAGUGCAGCCAUGUGGACGAGAACAAAGAAAAGCAAAGAAAUAGUCAUGUCUUACCUUCCAGACCAUGUCGUCGUUGGAAUACUCUUAAACUUGCCUGUGAAGUCUCUGUUGCGAUUUAAGUGCGUAUCGAAGGCAUGGCGCUCUUUGAUCUCUGAACCCGACUUCAUCAAAGCACAUCUGGACUUCCAAAGACGCUAUGAGAGACUACUGAUGAAUUCUUCUCUCGGUCAUUGUCUCUAUUCCAUAAACCUUGAACCAAGAAUCAUUAAUGACAUUGAAGCAAUAAAGAUUAGUGAUAUUCCCGAUAUGGAGUCCAAAUGGUUUCAAAUAAUUGGUUCUUGUAAUGGGUUGUUAUGCAUAAGUACCAGCCACACUCAUUUAUAUAUAGUGAAUCCUUCAACAAGAGUCUCCAAAAAAGUACCAGAUCAUCCGGGGUUGAAAUUAUUUGCGAUACAGGGAUUUGGCUAUGAUCACACUGUUGAUGAUUACAAGCUGUUGAAUGGAGACCAAGAUGAUUUCCACAUGUAUUCGCUCAAAACCAAUUCUUGGAAAAAGGUUGAGUCAUGCUUUCCUCGCAGUAGCAUCGUUAGACGCUACGGGACAUCUCUGAAUGGAGCCAUCCAUUGGGUUUGUAAUGAACAUGACACAAACCAGCACCAGCAGUACUCAUAUGUGAUUGUUGCUUUCAGCUUGGCGGAUGAGAAAUUCUCGAAGAUUGCUCUGCCGAUCCAGGGGCUAGUCGAUGUAGGAGUGUUUAGAGGAUGUCUUUGUAUGUCAAGGCGUCGUCCGAAUGGUGAAUUUUGGGUGAUGAAGAAAUAUGGCGUUACACAGUCUUGGACUAAUGUUGCGAUUGAAACUCUACCUUUUAGAAUCGAGUCAUUGGUUUUGACGAACAACGAUGAAUUAUUGAAGAAUGAUGAAUUAUUGUUUAGGACAGGCUCCAAGAAAUUCGUUUUAUACAACAUAAGAGAGAAGACUGGUAGGGAUCUAAUACUUCCAGAUACUACGAUAGUUGGUACAGAAAUUAAAGUAGGGGGCUAUGUGGAGAGCCUCGUAUCACCCAUCAUGGGUGUUUGA